AAUUAAUUUUCAAAGUUUCAUUCUUCAUCUCCUUUUUGUGGAAAAAAUGACAAUCUUUAUAAUUUAGCAAUUUUUGAAAGUUGAAGAAGAACAAGAGGAAGAAGAAGCAAUUCUAAGAAGUGCCUUUUGCUUUUGUGAGAAAAUCUGAGAAAAAAAAAAUUGUUGUCAAAUCUGGUGUCAUCUCUCCUGCGACAGUAGAGGAAUUUUGGAAGUGGAAACGAUGAGUGAAGAGAAUGUGAAAGGGUCGCCGUAUAGGCGGCAUCAGAAUGAGGAUUUGGAAGCUGGAAGUAGUAGCAAGUCUAUUGUGGAUGAUUGUGGAAGUCCUUUUGAUAUUCCAAGGACUAAGAGUGCACCUAUUGAUCGGUUGAAAAGGUGGAGGCAAGCUGCACUUGUCCUUAAUGCUUCUCGUCGAUUUCGAUAUACCUUGGACUUGAAAAAGGAAGAAGAAAGAAAGCAAUUGAUUGCUAAGAUAAGAACCCAUGCACAAGUCAUUCGGGCGGCUGUUCUUUUUCAAGAAGCAGGGAAAGCAGUCAAUGGGGAUGGGUCUCUUAAAAUGUUGCCUCCAACUACUCCCUCUCUUGGUGAGUUUGAUAUCAGCCAGGAGGAGCUGACCUUUAUUUCUAGAGAGCAUGAUGUUACUGCUUUGCAGCAAUGUGGAGGGGUUAAAGGGGUGUCAGAGAAGUUGAAAACAAAUUUAGAUAAAGGAAUUGAUGGAGAUGAAGUAGAUCUGCUGAAGCGAAAGAAUGCAUAUGGAUCCAACACAUAUCCUCGGAAGAAAGGAAGGAGUUUCUGGAGGUUUGUUUGGGAAGCUUGCUGUGAUACAACCCUGAUAAUUUUGAUGGUAGCCGCAGCUGCAUCAUUGGCGCUGGGCAUAAAGACUGAGGGUAUAAAAGAAGGAUGGUAUGAUGGAGGAAGCAUUGCCUUGGCAGUGAUUAUUGUCAUAGUUGUGACAGCUGUUAGUGACUAUAAGCAAUCACUUCAAUUCCAAAAUCUUAAUGAAGAGAAGCAGAACAUACAAAUUGAGGUCGUUAGAGGUGGGCGAAGAAUUCCUGUUUCAAUAUUUGAUGUAGUUGUUGGUGAUGUUGUACCUCUGAAAAUAGGUGACCAGGUACCUGCAGAUGGAAUAUUAAUCUCGGGUCAAUCUCUUGCACUUGAUGAAUCAAGCAUGACAGGAGAGAGCAAGAUUGUUCACAAGGAUUCUAAAUCUCCUUUCCUAAUGUCUGGAUGCAAAGUAGCUGAUGGAUAUGGAAUGAUGCUGGUGGUAGGUGUUGGAAUAAACACAGAAUGGGGAUUGCUGAUGGCAAGCAUUACAGAGGAUAAUGGAGAGGAAACACCAUUGCAGGUCCGUCUGAAUGGAGUGGCAACCUUCAUUGGCAUAGUUGGGCUCACUGUAGCUUUGCUUGUUCUGAUUGUCCUAAUGAUCAGAUUCUUUACUGGUCAUACUUAUAACCCAGACGGAUCUCCUCAAUUCACAGCUGGGAAAACAAAAGUUGGCAAGGCUGUAGAUGGAGCUAUAAAAAUCUUCACUAUUGCUGUUACAAUUGUGGUUGUGGCAGUGCCUGAAGGGCUUCCUUUGGCAGUUACUCUAACGCUUGCCUAUUCUAUGAGGAAAAUGAUGGCAGAUAAGGCUUUGGUGCGAAGGCUUUCUGCUUGUGAGACUAUGGGCUCUGCAACUACAAUUUGCAGUGAUAAAACUGGAACCUUGACUUUGAAUCAGAUGACUGUGGUUGAGGCCUACAUCUCUGGUAAAAAGAUUGAUCCACCUGAUGAUAGAUCUGAAGUGCCCCCAACUGUGUUGUCUCUGCUUCAUGAAGGGGUGGGACUGAAUACAACUGGCAGCGUUUUUGUACCACAGGGUGGUGCUGCUGUUGAGAUUUCUGGAUCGCCGACAGAGAAAGCUAUCCUCCAAUGGGGUCUCAAUCUAGGGAUGAAUUUUGAUGCAGUACGAUCAGAGGCAUCUAUAAUCCAUGCUUUCCCAUUCAACUCAGAGAAAAAAAGAGGUGGCGUUGCUGUGAAGCUGGAUUCUGAGGUUCACUUGCACUGGAAAGGAGCUGCUGAAAUUGUUCUCUCUUGUUGUACAAGUUUCAUUGAUGAGAAUGGGUCGGUAGUUCCUCUGGGCGAUGAUAAGAUGUCACUUUUCAAGGAAGCAAUUGGCAACAUGGCUGCUUCGAGUUUGAGAUGUGUUGCUAUUGCAUACCGGCCAUAUGAGGUGGAAAAAGUACCUACUGAGGAAGAAAUAGAUCACUGGGAAAUACCUGAGGGUGACCUAAUAUUGCUUGCAAUUGUUGGCAUUAAGGAUCCAUGCCGACCAGGCGUAAGAGAUGCAGUUCAGUUAUGUAUUGAUGCUGGCGUGAAGGUAAGGAUGGUUACUGGUGACAACUUACUAACAGCAAGGGCAAUAGCUUUGGAAUGUGGGAUACUUAGAUCUGAUGCUGAUGCAACUGAACCAAAUCUGAUUGAAGGAAAGAGGUUUAGAGCUAUGUCUGAGGAGGAAAGAAGGGACGUGGCAGAUAAAAUAUCGGUUAUGGGAAGAUCGUCGCCCAAUGAUAAACUAUUGCUUGUUCAAGCACUAAGGAGCAAUGGCCAUGUUGUUGCUGUAACUGGAGAUGGUACUAAUGAUGCUCCUGCAUUACACGAGGCUGAUAUUGGUCUUGCUAUGGGAAUUGCUGGAACAGAAGUUGCCAAAGAAAGUUCAGAUAUCAUUAUACUGGAUGACAAUUUUGCUUCUGUUGUGAAGGUUGUCCGAUGGGGCAGAUCUGUGUAUGCUAACAUCCAGAAAUUCAUCCAGUUUCAGCUCACUGUUAACGUUGCUGCUCUUAUAAUUAAUGUUGUUGCUGCAGUUACUGCUGGUGAUGUCCCAUUGAAUGCUGUUCAGCUACUUUGGGUAAAUCUUAUUAUGGAUACCUUGGGGGCGCUUGCACUGGCCACAGAACCACCAACUGAUCACCUUAUGCUCCGAAAUCCUGUUGGUCGAAGGGAACCUCUAGUCACCAAUAUCAUGUGGAGAAACCUAUUAAUACAGGCUCUGUAUCAAGUUUCAGUUCUCCUGGUCCUCAAUUUCCGAGGUAAACAAAUUCUGCAUUUGGAGCAUGAGACGAGUGCGCGGGCUAUUGAAGUGAAGAACACCUUGAUUUUCAACGCUUUUGUCUUCUGCCAGGUUUUCAAUGAAUUCAAUGCUCGGAAGCCAGAUGAGAUGAAUGUGUUCAAAGGAGUCCUCAAAAACCGUCUAUUUGUUUCAAUUGUCGGCCUCACAGUGGUGCUUCAGGUUAUCAUAAUAUUCUUCCUUGGAAAAUUCACUUCAACUGUGAGACUGAGUUGGCAAUUAUGGCUAGUUUCAAUCGUCAUUGGAGUGAUAAGCUGGCCCCUUGCUGUUCUUGGCAAGUUGAUACCUGUCCCCGAGAAGCCAUUUAGUGAAUAUUUUUCCGAGAAACUACUAAAACGAAGAAAUCGACAGGAGUGUUCAUAGACAUCUACACACACAAACUUAACUAACCAAAAGUAUGUCGUGCUUUGUAAGAGUGGCGUUUCUUUUGCCGCUGUACAGGAAUAUACUGCUAACAUUUCAUUUUGUGGAUGUAGUAGAUCAGUAUAAUUAUAUUUCUUUAAUAUGCCUUUUUAAGUUUGGGGAUGCAGUCAACCUUUUGCAGCAGAUAUUAGUUUUCCCGCGCCUGUAUUCUACUGUGAUGUUCUGGGCCUUUUGUGCUGUUCAUGUAAGAUGGAACUUCUUAUCAUAACCACCUUGCAUUACUUCAAAAUUUUCCAUUUGUAUGUGCACUUGAUCAUAACAUUAUUUUGCUUCUGCAAUGAGAAGAUGGACGAUGUUUUUCGCCA